UAAGCCUCCUCCCGGGCUGGCCCGUCUCACAUUAUCAGGAAGCGACGUGGGCCUCGUUUCAUGGAUGCGGGCGGCAGUCAUGAUUUUAACGUUUGUGUCGCUGUUGCUGGCCACGGCUGCCCUGGUGGAGGGUGAUGAAGUCCUAUCCAGACGAAAAAGACACUGGGUCCCCCCGCCAAAGGUUCUCAUAGAAAACACGGACUACUCCAACGAACUCUAUGUGGCGAAAAUCCACUCGGACUUUGAUGACGGGAAGGGGAACCUGGCCUACUCCCUGGAGGGCGUGGGCGCCAACCAGUACCCUUUCCACCUGUUCGUGGUGGACCCCAGAACGGGCUACAUUAAGCUCACCAAGAAACUCGACAGGGAGGAAUACAGCACGUACAAUCUGUCGGGAGUGGCGACCUACACAGAUGGCAGGCAGGCGGAGAAAAACAUCGACAUCCGCUUCAGGGUGGGGGACCAGAACGACAACUCUCCUGUCUUCAAUGUCAUCCCAGCCGGCGCGGUCAAUGAGCGCAGCGGCGUAGGGACGUACGUCAUGAAAAUCAGUGCAACGGAUGCCGACGAGCCGGGAAAUCCCAACUCUCAGAUCGCGUACAGCCUGGUGUCUCAGGAUCCGCCUGACGACAUGUUCUACAUGGAGAAUGAUGGGACAAUCUACGUCAAACGCACCAACUUGGACAGAGAAAAAACGGAGCAGUACACGCUUACGGUGAAGGGUCAGGAUCUUAAUGGCGCGCCAGGCGGGAACAGCGCCACCAGCACUGCCGUCGUUAAACUGUACGAUGUCAACGACAACCAGCCCACCCUGGAAAAGAGCGUGUACGAAGGCAGCAUCUUGGAGAACACGGAAGGUGUUGAGGUGAUGCGGAUCAAAGCGAAAGACCUGGACCUGCAUGGGACGGACAACUGGAAAAGUGUUUUCAAGAUCGUCAAAGGCAACGAGGCCGGGUAUUUCAGCAUGAUCACCGACUCCAAGACCAACGAGGGCGUCCUCAUGCUCGAUAAGGCUGUGGAUUAUGAAGACGUGAAGAACUUGGACCUGGGAAUCGCUGUGCUGAACUUGGUUCCACCUUUUGACCCAUCUGACCCAACCACAGCUAACAUAGGUUUUGGUGGAGGAGGAAGUGUCAGCUGGUUACAAGGUUUCAGCAGUGGCAUGACGAGUACCACCGGAGGAGUCACGUGGAAAGGCACCACAUACAAAACCUAUCCCAUCAAAAUCAAGGUCAAGAACCAGCGCGAGGGUCCACGUUUUGACCCCAAAGUAAAAGUCAUCACCAUGUCAGAGGGAGGCAGCUCAACCUUCAACAUGAACAACAUCAUUACUCGCUACGCUGCGCUAGACGGCGAUACGGGGAAACCAGCCGAGAACGUGAGGUACGUUAAAGGUUCGGAUCCUGACAACUGGCUCACCAUUGACCCGAAGACCGCCGAUAUCAGACUGAACAAGAUGCCUGACAGAGAGUCCACUUUGUUAGUGAACGGCACCUACUACGCCAAAGUACUCUGCAUUUCUGAAGAUGCACCAUCGGGCACCGCCACUGGGACUGUAGCUAUCCAGGUGGAAGACUUCAACGACCACUGCCCCACCCUCACCAGUACCCUCGAGACUCUGUGCAUUCCCGAGGAGGCGGCCAUUAUCAGCGCUGUCGACGAAGAUGACUUCCCCAACGGAGCUCCUUUCACUUUUGAAAUCAUCCCAGAGAACACUCAGGGAAAAUGGCAGGUGGAGCAUCUCAACGAUACCGCGGCAAUCCUGAGAGCCCAACAGUCCUUAUGGCCUGGUAACCAGGAGGUGGAAUUAAUGGUGAAGGAUGCGCAAGGACAGGCGUGCCCGGAGCCGCAGAAGGUGACAGUGCAGGUGUGCACCUGCGAGGACGGAGUGGUUUGCGGAGCCCGAGGUGGAAGGGGUCAGCCCAACAAAAAGUCUGAGUUGGGACCCGCAGGCAUCGGUCUCCUGCUGCUGGGCUUGCUGCUACUACUGCUCAUCCCUUUACUGCUGCUCUUCUGCCAAUGCGGUGGAGCUGCAGGCCUACCAGGAACCUUUACCAAUCUGCCUUUUGACACUAAAUCACAUCUCAUUAAUUACCACACUGAGGGCCAAGGAGAGAACACGGAGGUGCCACUCAUGAACAUGCCCACGCAAGUGGAUGCUGUGGAUCUCCAAAAACAGGAUGCACAAUUUUACACGGAUGGGAGGAACAUGCACAGCUUUCAGGAGGACUUCGGAAUCAAAAGAGAUUCGAUGAUGGGAAUGAGAAACCAGCGAAGGCUCUACUCUGAGUUCCAAAGGGAGUCAGGGGCAGCUUAUGAUGAUAUCGGUUUCCCGCAACACAUCCUUGCACAGUACUAUGCUCAGAAGUUGAGUGGCGGAGGAGAGGACCUGGCAGUGAAGGACGCGCUCUUGGUGUACGACAACGAGGGCCAAGGCUCCCUGGCCGGCUCGGUGGGCUGCUGCAGCCUCCUGGAGAACGACAACGAUCUGCAGUUCCUCGACGACCUCGGGCUCAAGUUCAAGACCCUGGCAGAGGUGUGUGGCGGCAAAAAGAUCCAAACAGAAGUCACUCCGCUGCCCCCGAAAGUCGUGGUUGAACCGAGGCCAGAACCCCCCAAGCUGCAACCGGUUAUCCCCAAAGUAGAACAGACCGUGACUCAGGUGGUGAAAGAAAACACGACAACACGGAACAAAGGGAGGACCACCGUGAUCGAAGGGGUGGAAAAUCAAGGUCAGAUGUUCCUGCUCCAGCAGCAGCAGCCGGUCUACUACACCGCCGCCGCCCCUGUGCUGCAGCCAAUGCAGUAUGUGGUCCAGCCACAAGUCCAGAAUACCAUGCUGCUGGCUGAGGCGCCGGCUACCAACCUCCAGGGCGUGAUGCUGGCGGCUCCGCAAGGCAUGCUGGUGCAAGGACAGACGGUGGUGUCUGGCGGGCAAGCCCAAGCCCCUGGCGUGGUGCUGGUUACGGGUACCCCUGGAUCACCCACAAAAGGCAUGAUCGUACAAGGACAGACAGUAGUAUCCGGCGGAAAAGCCCCAGGUUCUGGCCUGGUGCUGGUUACCGGUAAGCCGGGAUCACCGACACAAGGCAUAGUAGUCCAAGGAAAGAAGGUAGUGUCCGGGAAACAAGUCCAAGGGCCUGGCAUGAUGCUCGUAACGGGCACGCAAUCAGGAACCUUACCCGGCUCCCAGACCAUAAUAGAGAGCAAGAUUCCUGUGGGCAAAGUGGUGAGGACGAGCCAGACCUCCAUCAAACAAGGCGGCGUCCAAUUGCCAGACCUGGGCUUGCCCCAGAUGAGCAACAUCUCUGGAUCUCACAGCACCACGAUGACAUCAUCCAGUACCGGCGUGAGCAGAGUCCCGACAUACCGCAAGGUGGUGCUACAGGAAGAGAAACUCACUGAACUGUGAGAAGGGCAAAUGACUCUUGAAAGCAACUUUCGUCAAGGCGGCUCCUCAAGUAUUUUGUUAGCGUGCAGGUUUUAUUGGUGGUGGAUGUUCUGCAGCAGCUUUGCCUCGGAGCGAAGCUACAUGCGGCUGCACGUUCAUGCUAUCUGGCUCCUACCCGUCAUGCGUGUUACGCUCUUUCUCAAGCAACCAAUGUGGAGACCCUACCAGACACCUCAUGGAGAUUCUGUGUCUGUUUGCAUCGGAACGGAGACCACGGAGCUCCAAAAUGAGCAAAGUGCUCCGUUAUCUCUUUGUUGGAUAUGUUGGCUGGGACUCCAUGUUUCUGCCAACGAAAAAAAAAAAUCUCUUGGCCUACUUUCAUAACCAACCUCGUCAAGUGGCAAAUCUUUGGUUUGGCCUGGACUGGGUUUUUUUU